AUCACUCGAGCAAGCGUGUUUGUAAAUUGUAAUAAUAAUUUUACAAUAAUUGAACAUUUCCCGUUCAUAAUCAUGCAUAUUUUCUCGGACACAUAGACAAUUUUUAUUAUAUAGAAUUGCAGGAAGACCGAUAUUCGCUUUCUCCGAGCUCACAGAUACGCCAGUGAUGAGUAUACCGUGGGAUUUCGUGGCAAAACAAAAAACGAAGAUGAGCUUAUUCUAUUUCUUGUUAUAUUCUAAAACGAUGCAUAAAGAAAAGUGGAGGUAGAUUUCUUAUCAAACAUGUUAUGUAUAAUACUAUCCUAAGCUCGUUGCCACGGAAAUGUAAACAGCGAAGUGAAAAAUAGAUGUCCAAGCAUUUUAUCCGUUUAACCCAAAGAUAAACAUAGUAAUUAUUUAAUUAAGGAAAUAGAGAAUACUCAGGAUGAUUCCUACGUUGCAAACCAGAGUAUUUUACGGUUUGAAAACCGACAUAAACUCAAAUGCUCAUUACAUUUCGGACGUAGAAAUUUUGUACCCGGUUGGAAAUGUAAUAGCAGUUCAUAACAUUCCUCAAUUUCGACAAAGAUUGAUACGUUUACCAGAGAAGCAACAGAUAAAUAUAAUCCAGGUCUCGCAUAGCAAGAAAUAUGUCGCUACUUGCGAAGUUGGGGAAAAGCCUACAAUAUCCAUUUAUGAUCUUCAAACGCUUAAGAAGAAAAAGGUUCUCGGGAUACCGUACGAUGCUCCUGGCGUGACGAAGUUCACUUGCAUAGGAUUCACGUUUGACAAUAAGUACAUAGCAGCGGUCACGGGGGAGCCGGAUCAAACGAUGCUCUUUUACAAUUGGGAAAAGGGAAAAGUGGAAUCUAGCUUGAAAGUGGGUACUCCGCAAAAUCCAAUGGCCAUUGUAGAACUGAUAGCUUGUAAUCCAUCGGACAUAGGGGUGAUCGCACUCGGAGGUCCAUGUACUUUUAAAUUUUUAACACUUUCUGACACCAUAUGGCGACCCUAUGGAUUCUCUAAAGCAGACAAUAUACUCUCGUGCUCGAUGGCUUGGUUGAAUUCAGAUAGAUUGUUGGUUGGAACUAAGGACGGUAGAAUACUUUACUUAGAGAAUGGAGACUUAAAAAACAUUUACAAAAUGACUGAUACUUUGCAUAUGAAUCUUAAAAUUCGCGAGGAAUAUGUUAUACAAGCUAGUAGCUCGUUGACAGCUGUAGAUUCGAAGCAAGACAUACCACAAGAAAAUUACGUUCGCUGUUUAAUCGCAUUUCAAAGAGGUUUCGCAUAUGCGUUCGGACCGAGAACAAUCGUGGUAUUCGAGAAAGAAGGCCUGCAUAAGUAUGUGAAAAGAAAUAUUUAUGUAAUACCGACGCAAGUAUCGAAACAAGACAACGAAAAGCUGUACAUAGUCAAUAGUAUACAAAUUAACUUGAGCUACGAUCGCUUGUUAAUCACCACUGGAUGGCCUCAAUUAUUUUACGCGAAAUUAUGGGGACCGGAUUUGAACGUGGACCCGGAGCCACAAUCGUUACAGAUCAUGGGUCAAGCAUUACAUUUCGGCCCUAUAAGCGGUCUCUCGAUGUGCGCUUGGAAGUCGAUCUUCAUGACUUUCGGGGACCUCGAUCACAGCGUAAGAUUAUGGGACUUCGAGUCGGAGACUAUGAUUUUACACAAGCAAUACGCAGAAGACAUUUGCGGUAUCGCUUUGCAUCCCACAGGUCUAUUUUGCUUGAUCGGUUUUAGCGAUAAAUUACGAUUCAUGAGCAUACUGAUAGACGAUCUGUUGCCCAUGGAGGAAUUCUCAAUAAGAUGUUGUAAGACCAUGGAGUUCAGUUACGGUGGCCACAUGUUCGCUGCCGUUAACGGGAAUAUCGUACAAAUUUAUUCUACCAUCGGUUUCACAAGUUGCUUUAUUCUGAAAGGACAUACAAACAGGGUGAAAGCCUUGUUAUGGUCACAGACGGACACGAAGCUGUUGACGAUGGGGGCGGAAGGUGCUGUUUAUCAAUGGGACAUUAACACUGGUAAACGUACUUCCGAAAUUAUUAUAAAAGGCAUCGUUUUACUCGACAUCGCCCUUUCCAUCGAUGAACAGACCUCGUACUGCAUCGCUGACGACAGUGCUAUACACGAGAUAAAAGAAAACUCGGUUCGACAACAUAAUGUACCGGACGUAAAUAUGUAUUGUAUGGUACUGGGAAAAGAUGAUCAAUCUCUGUUUCUCGUUUGCCCCGGCGGUAUAAUUCUAUCAGUGAAAACUCCAGUUCAAGAGCCAGUACAAUAUUCGACUUUCCACAUGCAUUCUGUUGAUAUUACAAAGAUCGCCCUCUCUUACAAUGAACAAUACUUGAUAUCAACCGCGGUUGACGGAGGCCUGUGCAUUUGGAAAGUGAAUUAUCCCGAAGGAAAAGGGAAGAUCGGGAAGGAACUAAAAUAUACGAACGAAGUGCUCAUCAGUAAAGGGGACUUGGUAGAAAAGAUAAAUACGAUUAUCGGGCUGAACGUUAGGAUGAGGGAACUGGAGACCGAGCACGCAUAUAAAAUGCGUCAAAUCGAAGUGGUACACAACGACAACGUCCGGGACAUACAUCAGGGAUACCUCGAAGCUAUCAAAGAGCUGCGGGAGAAGAUAAGCAGGCAGCAAGAGGAUCACAAGAACGAGUUAAACGCGAUAAAUGUGGAGAUAGUGAAGAUGAAGGAGCAGCACGAAGACACGAUGAAGCAAGUCGAAGCGAAUUACGAUGCCAAACUUAUUAUGGAGUACGAUAGAUACUUGGCGCUCGAGAAUUCGAUGAACGCGAUGCGGCAAGAUUACGAGAAACGUUUGGAGCAACUGGAGAGUCACGGGAUUCAGGAGUUGGAGAAAGCGACGAAUAAGUACGAGGCUCUGCUCCACGAGAAGAAGCUGCAGUUGGAAGAGAGCCAAGACGAGAUGACCCAACAAGUGCGAGUUCACGAACAGAUGAUGACGGAGGUAGAGGACGACGCUGACAAGGAGAUAUUGGAACUGAGAACGAAUUACGAGGCGCAAUUGUGCGAGGAAAAAGAAUUGAAUAUACGACUCAAGGGCGAGGCUGGAAUGAUGCGGAACAGAUACCUGGCCAGCUUGAAGGAUGUCGAGGAACUGAAGAGGCAAGUGGAACGAGUUCAGAGCGAAUACAGUUACUUCCAAAAGACUAUUCAAGAGUUGGAGAAGGACAAGGAGGAUCUGAAGAAAGAAAUAGACGAGAGAGACGUAACGAUCCACGAUAGGGAACGGCAAAUAUAUGAGCUGAAGCGUACGAAUCAAGAACUGGAGAAGUUCAAGUUCGUUUUGAACUACAAGAUCACGGAGCUGAAAAAUCAAAUAGAACCCCGGGACCAGGAGAUCAAAGAGCUCAAGGAGAAGAUCCGGGACAUGGAAACGGAACUCGUGAAUCUUCACAAAACCACGGUCAGCUUGGAGUUACAAUUGUACGAACUGAGGGAAAAGUUGGGAGCCGCGAGGCGAGAAUUGCAAUACGAAGUACAUCGGAAUAAACGGUGCCAACAACUCAUGAAGAAGAUACGAGUCGAUUUACUGGAUGCUUCCGGGCUGGUACAAGAACCAAGUGCUUUAAAAACUGCCAUAAUGAAAUUGUAUCAUAAAUAUAGUUCGAGCGACGAAUUUUUGCGUACGCGCAAAGCCGAUUUAGAUGCACAAUGUGAAUUCAUAAAGCAAAGGGAUCAUCUGGAGCGAACUAUCGCGUCCCUGAGGAAGCAAGUCUUCCAGGAUAAAGAGACAGGUGGUAAAGAUAUAGAUAAAACGGUAGAGGAGAAUAUUAUGUUGAUCACGGAACUGAACGCUUUGAGAGAGGAGUUAAAAGAGGCGAGGAGACACAUUCAGCAUAUGGACGGUUUGUUGGGAUUUACAAAGAAAGAAGUGAAACCGUCCGAAGCGAGAAAGAAACUGGAGCAGGCGUGUUACGGCCACGAGCAGCUGAGAGACGAGUACAGAUCUCAAAUGCAAGAGUGCCAGAAUAUAAUAAUUGCAUUGAAAGACGACAUGUACAAAUUGAUCAGCAAGAUACCCUGCGAAGAACCGGAAACUAAAAUAACAUUUUAGGUACAUUUUUAUUAUUUUUAAAUAAGAUAUAUAGAAGACUGUUUUAAAGGAAUUUGUUCAUAAAUCUUGUACAUAGUAUAACAGUAAGAAAUUCGAUUCUAAAUCAUUUACUGCUUAAAAAAUAUCGAUAACAAAAUAGUAAAUAGUAAUUGCCAGCGUGUUUAUAAGUUAAUUAAAAUUAACGUAACAUUUAAAGGACAAAUGGAA